AUGUCAACUAUUACAAAGAAUGUUCGUACGGAAAAUUUAAAGAGACGCUUAAAGGAAUCGUUUUGUUUAAUGGACACUGAUACUGAUGGUUAUUUAGAUUAUCAUGAAAUGAAAGCUGCAUUAAAAGCUUUGGGAUUUGCAGUAAAAAAAUCUUACAUUUUAUCUAUUAUACGAAUGUAUGACAAGCUAUCAGAAAAGUUAAAUAAGCGAAAACCUUUAGAUGAAAUUAAAUAUGUGUUCAAAUUAUUUACAAAUGAGACUGCAAAUGACAAGAUAACAGUAGAAGAUCUCCAAAAACUUAAUAAAAAGCUUGAUUGUAAUCUGACUAAUGAGGAAAUGGAACUUAUGAUUAAAGAAUUUGAUUUGGAUCAAGAUGGUUCUAUUGAUCAAAGUGAAUUCUUGGAUAUUAUGGCAGAUCUGACAUUUUAA